AAAGACUCAAAACUAUAUUUUGUUCCCACACUUCUCUAAUCACGGUACCUGCGACCACCGUAACUAACCACCGUCUUCCGCCGUGCAUCCACACCAAUAUGACAAUUCUACCCCUCCUCCUCUUCCUCCUCCUACCCUUUCACGUAAUUUCACAACCCAUCACCACCCAAAGUGACCAAACUACCCUCCUAAACAUCAAACAAUUCUGGUCAAACCCACCCUCCCUCAACCACUGGAACCAAUCCACCAACCCAUGCACAUGGCCGGAGAUCACAUGUACGGCCACCACCGUCACCGGAAUCACCAUAUUCAACCAAGACAUCACCGGAACGGUUCCGCCUUUCAUUUGUGACCUCAAAAACUUAACUCAUCUUGAUCUAAACUACAAUUACAUCACCGGAUCAUUUCCUACUGUUCUAUACAACUGCACCAAUCUCCGGUACCUUGAUCUCUCUCAAAACUACUUUGUUGGGCGGAUACCGGAUGAUAUAUCGCGGUUAUCACCAGAGAUUCGGUACCUUAGUCUCUUUGGUAAUAACUUCACAGGAGAUAUUCCGGUGAGUAUUUCGAGAUUAUCGAAGCUUUCUUCGCUGCAACUACACGCGAACCUGUUUAACGGCAGUUUCCCGGAGGAGAUCGGUGAUUUGAAUGAUCUUGAAGAGUUAUUAUUGGGUUUUAAUUCCUUUACUCCAUCAAGACUUCCUCAGAGUUUCUUUCAGUUGAACAAGCUUCGGAUGUUUAUCAUGACGGAAGCCAACCUGAUCGGAGAGAUACCCGGAAAUCUAUCUGGCAUGCCGGCAAUGGAGUUGCUAGAUUUGUCUGUGAAUAACAUCACCGGAACAAUACCAAGUGAUCUCUUCUUGUUAAAAAACUUAACACAAGUUUAUCUUUACGCUAACAAUCUAACAGGAGGAAUUCCAGAUGCAAUUGAAGCAAUAAACAUGCAAAUCAUUGACCUCUCUGCAAACAACUUGACCGGAAAAAUCCCAGACGGUUUUGGAAAUCUUAUGAGUUUGACAAACUUGACUCUCAUGAUCAAUCAAUUAUCAGGUGAACUUCCGGCGGGUAUCGCGCGCUUGCCUAACUUGCAUGAUAUCCGAAUUUUUACCAAUAAUUUGUCCGGUGAAUUCUCGCCGGACUUUGGAAGGUACUCCGACCUCAAGAUUUUCGACGUUGCACAAAAUAACUUCUCCGGGAACUUGCCGGAAAAUCUAUGUUCCAGGGGGCAGCUUAAGGGGUUGGAGGUUUACGAAAAUAGUCUUUCCGGCGAGAUACCGAAAUCGCUCGGAAACUGUAGCAGCUUGAAGAGUUUUCAGGUUUACCGGAACCGAUUUUCAGGAUCAAUCCCUGAUGGGUUGUGGAAGGUUUUGAGGUUAGAAAGAAUGAUAAUACAUAGUAAUUCAUUUUCCGGUGAGUUGCCACAAGAAUUGGCGCCAAUUUUGUCAAGGCUUGAUAUUAGUAAUAAUAGCUUUUCCGGUCAAAUUCCUGUCGGGGUAUCUUCUUGGAAAAGUUUGAGGGUUUUCAUAGCAAGUUAUAACUUACUUGACGGUGCAAUUCCUCAAGAAUUAACAAAACUCUCAAAUUUGGAAACUUUAUUGCUGGACGGAAACCGGUUCUCCGGUGAGUUACCGGAGACUAUAGUUUCAUGGAGUUCACUCAACACUUUGAACCUUAGUAGAAACCAACUCACCGGCCAGAUUCCGAUGGGUCUCGGGUUGUCAGAUUCUCUCAAUGCACUGGAUUUGUCAAGAAAUAAUCUUUCCGGCCAGAUACCGAGUCAACUAGGUAGAUCGUUGGUUUUGCUUGAUCUUUCAACCAAUAACCUCACUGGAACCAUCCCGAGUCGACUCGAUAAUGGGGCAUUUGAUCGAAGUUUCUUGAACAAUCCCGGUCUUUGUUCAAAUAACCCAUUAUUGGGCCUUAGAUCUUGUAGUUCACGGUCCGAAACAAGAUCAUCUAGGAAGAUAUCGGCUAAGUUUGUGGCGAUAAUCGCGAGUAUAGUAGCGGUAUUAUUGCUUCUGGCGUUACUAGUGACUGGAUAUGUCAGUGUUCAAUACCGGAGAAGAAACUCUGACUUGAGAUGGAAAUUCACUUCUUUCCAGAAGUUAGACUUCACAGAAUCCACGAUCUUGCCUCGGUUGACUGAGAACAAUGUGGUCGGGCAUGGUGGUUCAGGGAAAGUGUAUCGGAUUCCGGUAAAUCGAUCAGGCGAGUUUGUGGCGGUUAAGAAGCUUUCUAUAAAAAACGAUUUAGAUCAAAGGCUGGAGAAAGAGUUUUUAUCAGAAGUUGAGAUUCUAAGUGCGAUUCGCCACUCAAACAUAGUAAAACUAUUGGGUUGCAUUUCAUCCGACAACUCAAAGCUCCUCAUAUACGAGUUCUUAGAGAAUAGGAGUUUGGACCGUUGGUUGCACAGCAGGAAAGCUCGAUCGAGUCAUGGGCUUAGUGGUUCAGUGCGUCAUAUGGUUCUUGAUUGGCCGAAAAGGUUGCGCAUAGCAUUGGGGGUGGCUAAUGGUUUAUGUUAUAUGCAUCAUGAUUGUGUUCCAGCGGUAAUUCACAGGGAUGUGAAAUCAUGCAAUGUGCUUUUAGAUGGCGAUUUCAAUGCUAAGAUAGCCGAUUUCGGGUUAGCCAGGAUAUUAGCUAAAGAAAGUGAGCUUAAUACGAUGUCAACCGUGGCUGGCUCAAUCGGAUACAUGGCUCCAGAAUAUGCUCACACGAUCAAAGUGAAUGAAAAGAUAGACGUUUACAGUUUCGGAGUGAUCUUGUUAGAACUAACAACGGGGAAAGAGGCGAGCGGUGGCAAUGAAAGUUCGUCACUAGCCGAAUGGGCUUGGCAACAAGCUAUAGGUGGUGCACCAAUUCUAGAUGCUUUAGACGAUGAAGUUAUCGAGCCUAGGUAUAUGAAUGAUAUGACUAAUGUGUUUAAACUCGGGCUCUGGUGUACCAGCAAGUUGCCAACCAAUAGACCUUCCAUGCAAGAGGUAUGCCAGAUGCUGCUACGUUGCAGCGUAGGCGCAGCCGUGAUGGAGACUGAGGCAGGGAAGAAUGGUGAUGAUGUAGCAGAUCAUUUACCCCUUCUUAAGCUUGAAAAUGUCUAAAGGCUUGAUUUGUAAUGAGUAUUACUAGAAUUGAUUGUGUUGUAAAAGAUAUAGUUAGUAUAGUGCAUUUUGGUAGGAGAUAUUGGAUCCCACGGAACCUCUCCCAAUAAGGAAUAGCCAUUCACUCUUAAAUUAUAUAUGUAAUCAAACAUGCAUCCUAAUGUCCUCUUGUAAUUAUAACAUAGAGAUUUCCAUUAUAUAUCAAAUUAUAUUCCA